AUGUAUAACCGCGAGUCGAAGAUUAUGCGCAAGCUGCUCGGCAAAGCCGCUCCCGAGACUCCAGCCGGCGACCCGAGCAACCUCUCCAUCACCAGCGCGCCCGCGUCCACCAUCGGGGCAGCGUUCCGCCCAUCCAAGUCGCAAGAUGCCGAGUAUAAAGCAGGCGUGCCGAUUCUGAGCUUCGAUGUAUCCCCCGACCGACGAGCAGCCGUCCUCGCUGGCGCGCACAUUCUCAAGACGGUGGUACUGGACGAUCCUCACAACUUCAACUUCAACUUUCGCGAGGGCGUGGAUCUGAGGGCUGUUAUAACUGCACAACCUACUACUUCAAAGGGUAGUCAGGUGGCAGAUCAGCUCAGUAUACGGGAUGUGAAAUGGCACGGCGGGUCGACCAUCUUCACGGCAUGCGCCAACGGCAAGAUCUUUGCAUACGAUGUCGCAAGAGUAGGAUCUGGCGCGGCUGAGCCCUUGGAAUAUAUACAGAUGCAGGAAGAUUCUCGACAAGUUACCACUCUCGAUGUCAACCCACACCUCAAGAGCUGGCUUCUAUCAGGUAGCCAGGACGGAAUAGCGCGCGUUUUCGACACAUCGACUGCCGUCCCAGGCCGCUCGGGCGGUGUCACUUUUCGCCAGCGCUUUGCGCCUCUAAAGUGUAUCGAUCCGGUCCGACAAGUUAAAUGGUCGCCCAAGGUUGGACAUGAGAUGGCGUGUUGUACGGAAGGCGGAGUGGUUUUGAAGUGGGAUGUGCGACAACCAGGGAGGCCGCUGCUGAGGAUUAAUGCCCACGAAAAGGCAUGCGCCUCUAUUGCGUGGCAUCCUGACGGAAAUCAUCUCGUCAGCGGAGGCGCAGACACGAAACUUCAUGCGUGGGAUCUGGGGAAUACGGCCGACAAGCGGCAGAAGCCAAAGUGGUCGGUUACAACACCUGCACCCAUCUUCUCGAUUGCCUGGCGGCCUGGCCUAUGGUCAGCCACAGCUCAGAGCAAGCGUGUUGCACAAGUCGCAGUUUCCUAUGAUGACACUAGUUCUCGACGCUAUGGAACAUCGGCAGUGCACAUCUGGGAUCUAGCUCGGCCAACGAUGCCAUACAAAGAGAUUGAGAGGUUUGAUACCUCCCCGGCGGCCUUGCUCUGGCAAGACCAAGACAUGUUAUGGACCGUGGGCUCGGAUGGACUCUUUACCCAAUGCGAUGUCGCCUUUGCUCCCAAGGUGAUCGACCGACAGUCAACGUCCUCCAUGGCAUUCUCACCUAGAGGCGACGUAAUGAUGUUUCUCGAUGAGCGACCACAUUCGCAACGACCGCGACCUCCUGUCACGCAUCAUGCCGAAAUCGUACCUCGAGGGACUUACGGCUCCAGCCCCAACGCCCCCAUGUUGAGCAUCAGCAGAAGCGAUUCAGAGGAGGAUGUCGUCGGCAGCUUUCUCGGCCCUCGACGAAGGUUGAGUCGAAAGAGAACGGCGGGGAGAUCUGCUCCUAUGAGCACAACUCCGCCGUCUGGUCCGAGCCUUGGUGACGAGAACAAACCCCUGGGACUGGAUCAGGCGAUCAAGGUGACGGGUAUCUUCAAGACCCAACAAACGAUGGCCUUUGGGCGUCUACCUGCCUCACGAACGGCACAGAUAUAUCAGCAUCUCUCGGGGAUUUAUCUCGAAACGCUCCAGCGUGAGCUUCCAUACGUUAAGGACGGCAAACCGCUCAUCAAACGGGUGGCGUCCAUUCUUGAACAGUACGCGAGGGCAGCAGAACACGUCUCACUCUUCAGACUCGCCCAGACAUGGCGGAUUCUGUCGUAUGCAGUCGACCUGCUCCUUGCACGACGUGCUCAAUACCAUCUCGACAUACGUCUCGGUCGGUUCCAGAAGGUGAAGAUAGAAGACAGGAAAGGAAGUGGAAGACUGAGACCCGUUGACUAUACUGCCAGUCGAAGCUACGGCGAUGAAACACCUAGGCGUCCUCCUGGACAGAACAGCCUCGGCGGCCGCUCCUUAAGCACCCGAUCUCUUCUGGCCCUCGGAUUUGAGAGCACCUCGAACGUCCCAACGCCGGUUGCACGACCGGCAGACGGAGCAGACAGUCAAAACGGGAACUCGCAGCAGGCUGGCAAGAGAUUGGCGUCAGUCGCGUCCGAUGGUUUCACGCUGGGGCCCGGUAUAAACGACAGGUUCGAAGAUACCCCCCGGCAGCGCCUCGACUCGGUCCCCGUGUCGGAUAUGAGCCAUGAAAUUGAACGCUCACAAAUAUCUAGCACCGAGGGUUAUGACUUUUAUGAUACGGAAUCGUUGGCCAAAGCAGUAGAUGUCCCUGCUCCCAAGAAGAAGGAGCCCUUGUCCUUGGGUUAUGCUGGUCCUGUGAGCCCCAACAUUCGGAGAGUGACGAGACACGACUCGGACGAGAGCUUUGCUCAGAUGUUUUCCACGUCUGAUGCGACGAAAGAGCGACCGACAUCGACCUCGAGUGCUAGCGGCCCAUGGCGAUCCAGCCUCGCAAGGCACGCUUCCGACAUGGACAAGGAGGGCCAAGAGUAUCCUAGCCGGAUACGCGGCGAGGAGGUUGAUGCCUCGACUGAGACCCCCAACGACUCGCCCAAGCCACGCAGCAAGAAGGCCGUAAUUGACUCUCCAGAAGAAGUGUUUAUGAUUUCACAGACAACAAUGGGAACAGACGAUACCAUUCCCUCUCAGACCUCUGAGUUGGAGCUCGACAUUCCAGCGCCGAAAUCUGCUGAGCAGUCCCCGCCGACCGCUGAACAAGCUCCAGUGCCGGAACAGCCCCAACAACACGUUAUUCUGGCUCCGGCUAGCCACCCUAGCAGAUCGCCGAGUCCCCUCAAGGGACCGUUUCCUGCCCAGCAAGAUGUUCGACCGCACGUCAUCGAGACGGACUACCUCCCAUGGGACGAUGAUCCGCCUUACCCUCACCCGACCGCUGCCUCUGGGACAGAUGCCGUCAUCUCACCCUUGGAUCCUUACUCUCUUAUAACCAAGGCCCUAGACUACGAAUCGCGGACCUCUGCUUUGAACGCCUCGGCCAUUAUUCUUCUCCUCAAGCCGCUGGUGCCGGAGUUUGUCAUCGAUCACUACCAAGCCAGCGCGAUUCUCCAGCAGCAUCAUUCACGCCUCAUGCGAAUGAGUCUCUUCAUUGAGGCAUCCCUUCUACGCAACCUCUGCAUCCAAGGAUGGCCAGAGGGCUUGCCUGAAUGGGGCGAGAACUACACGGCCAUCUUUAGCCCAGCCCAGCAGGGAGGAAAAGUCAGCUUCUUUUGCUCCUCGUGCCGCAAGCCCAGAGAGCGCGACCCCAAGCAUGGGCCCGAUGCCAUCUGGACAUGCGAGCGUUGUCGCACAGCCAUGGCACCCUGUGCCGUGUGUCAUCAUCGGGAUCCCGAACAGUCAAACUAUAUCCCCGCUGAAAUCGUCGCCGCCAUGGAUUCUCCUGCUUCCUGGCUGUCUGAGUGGUGGUACUGCCCCGGGUGCGCGCACGGUGGGCAUGCCUCCUGUCUUCAAGCCUGGCACGCCCCCACGGAGUCGUUUGAGCCGAGCAGCGGCCCAUCUACAUACAGCGAUGGAUGCUGUCCCUUGGACGGCUGCGGACAUGCCUGCCUCCCUGGCAAGUACCGGAACGAGACCACAACGGCCCGAGCUGAUGAACUCGGGCGGGCUGCUGUGGAGAAGACACGGGUCCGGGACGAGCGGGGCACUAGCAGUAGCCGACGAUCUAGCCCGCGGCCAGGGAUGGACCGGGCAGUCAAGAGCGACGGGAACGACAUCCCGCAGAGCCGAGCUGUGGGCAUGGCACGGGAGGCCCUGAACAAGGGAACAGGCGGGAUCCUUAGCUCUAGUCCGGGGAGGGUGGUGGCUACCGGGGAGAGGGAGAGGAGGAAGAGCGUCAAGUUUGCAGGAACGGACCGUUAG